AAAAUCCUGCCUUUUUGUUCAUUUGUGUGAAAAACUGAAUUUUUACUUUUUCUGUUACUUUUGCAUCAUAUAUGUAAUAUUUUGAAUUUUUUAAAUUUUCUUGUUGAUUGAUAGGUUAAAGUACUUUUGUUGUUGUGCAAACGUGCCAAAAGAAGACUCUUUAUAUAUAGAUAUUUCAAGAUUUCUGGCUUCUCUUCUUAAUGAUACUGAUUUGACAUCUACUGACAUAUUAGCUGGCUUGAUAAUUCUUGACAGAAAAAUGCAAAAGCAGAACUUUCAUAGAAUCUCGUUAUAUAAAAAUGAAUCAACUGAAAAUUGUAUAACUGUUCCUGAGUGGAUGAGCCCAGAAAAUGCACUGUACUUCCUAAAGAUAGCCAAAAGUACUUAUGGAUGGUUUGCAUUGUGCAAUACAUUCCAUCCGUGCAGUUUCUGUACUUUGUCAUGUCCAUUAAAAUGCUGCAGGCAAGAUAAUGAAAAAGUACUGGAUAAUUGCUGUUACUAUAACUUUGCAGCAGUGCAAAAGAUCACAGGUUUAUCAGAUUCAGAUAUUUUAUAUGCUUCAUUUGGAAAUUCUUCAGAAGAACCAGCGUUUUAUGUUGCAGUAGAUCACCAGAAAAAAUACAUCAUAAUUGCAAUUCGUGGGACAAGGUCUUUCUCUGACUUACUUACUGUAAUUAAUGCAGAAAUUCAAGAUUUUCCAUCUGAGGACACAGCUUCCAGUUUUAAGUGUCACCGUGGUGUACUACACAGUGCGUUAUUUUUAGAAAAGAAAUUAAAUGAUUUGAAUAUUUUGGAAGUUGCUCUUGCUGAAAAUCCUUCCUAUGCUAUUGGAAUUACAGGACACUGUUUAGGUGGUAGCAUUGCAGCUGUCUUAGGUCUUAUGCUUCGUCCCAAAUAUCCAAAUCUGCAAUGUUUUAUUUAUGCGCCACUUGCUGUUCUUUCGGUUGAAAUGAUACCAAAUACCUUAGAUUUUAUAUUUACAAUUGUUGUAGGUGAUGAUAUUGUACCUUGUCUUUGUGCCAAUUCCUGCAAGAAAUUACUAGCAGAAAUUCUAAGGUCAUUGGAAGAAACAAAAAUUCCAAAGUACAAAAUCUUUAUGAGAGGUUUCUGGAAGUAUAUUGUAAAGUACGGUAAAGAAUCGGAAAAGAAAAGUCAGAAAACUUGUGCUAAUACACAAAAUGAAAGAGAUGUUGAAAUUACCUUUACAGACAGAGAAGAAAGAACAGCAUCUAAUAAUGUGCAGCUUUAUGCUCCGGGACGUAUACUUUACUUUGAAAAAGGAGAUAGAUGGAAAGCUCACUGGUUAACUGGUUUAAAUAUUAGCAAUCUAUUCAUGAGUCCUGCUAUGCGUCGGCAUCAUCAACCGUAUAAAAUACAAUGUAUGCUUGAAAUGUAUAAGAAAGGACUAAAAGAUUAAUCCUUGUAUUCAUUUCAUCAUAUCAUCAAUCAAUUUAGUACUUGUGUAAAUUAUUUUAAUGAAAUAAACU